AUGUCCACCCCAGACGAAGCCGUCCCGCCGCCCGCCGAAGUGAUGACAAUCGCCACCCCCAUAAACCUCAUCCUCCUCUCCCUCUUCGUCAUCCUCGUCUACCUCCAACUCCGUCCCAAAGCCCCCGUCAGCCUCCCCAAGGGUCCUCCUCCCGUCGUCUUCCGCACCUUCACCCCGACCACUCUCCUCCCCUUCAACGGCGAGAACGACGCCCCCGUCUACCUUGCUGUCCGUGGCCGUGUAUUCGACGUUACUCCCGGCAAGAACUUUUACGGGCCGGGCGGACCCUACGAGAACUUCGCCGGUCGCGACGCAUCCCGCGGUUUGGCGUGCCAGAGCUUCGAUGAGGAAAUGCUCACCAAGGAUCUGAAGGGUCCGUUGGAUGAUCUGAAGGAUUUGGAUAACGAGCAGUUGGAGAAUCUGCAGUCGUGGGAGGAGCGCUUCUCCGAGAAGUACUUGGUUGUGGGGAAGCUGGUGGCGGAGGGGGAUCCGGAGGCUGAGAAUGCUUGA